GCUCGCAGAAAUGCAAAACUUGUUGCUGGCGGUGUGAAACGCGGCCAUCGCGCGCACAGCCUCAGCGCCACGCAGCAGCAGCAGCAGCAGCAGCAGCAGCAUGUGAAGCGCGAGCCUGAACCGAGGACGGGCGACUGAGAGAAAUCAGCCGGAGCGCGCGCGCGCACGUGUGAGCGCCUCAGUAAUAGAAAUUCACCGCAAGCGGCGCGUUCGCACGGAACAUGAGCAGCAGCGGCGGGAGCGCGUUCCCGAGCAGCUCUGUGUUUGCGGAGUUCGGCUAGAGUGUGUGUGUGUAUGUGUGUGUGUGUGUGUGUGUGUGUGUGUGUGUGUGUGUAUGAGACGGGCUCUUCGGCUUUACUCCGUAACACACACGUGGAGACCGGAGUGUUCGCGGGUUCGUCGCCUGCUGAAACCCACGCCAGGCGCUCUUCUGCCCAUCCUUCAGUCUGAAAGACACCGGCGCCGCACACUCUCCGACUGGAAUGGCUUUCUGUAGCCGAACUCUUCAGAGCAGAGUGUAGGAAGGCUGGGCGUCCUCGCCACGCGCGUCUGAUGAGGAUUUCGAGUCCCAGUAUUUUAAGAGUGCUUGCUCUCCGGACAUUUGACAGCAGAGUGGAAUUAUGUUUUUUGGAGGCGGAAUGAUCCCGCGGAGCGUAUCCUGUAUUUCACUCCGUGCGCGAGUGUCCUCAGUUUUGCAGAUACGUUUGCAGCCUUUGUGAACUUUUUUGCAUAAAGGGAGUACUUUUUAUGUCUCCAUACCCCAGAUCUUUUUGUCCCACAGGUUCGGGAGCGCAUGUAGGCUUUCACCGGGUAUCGCAAAGAAAGCUUUAACUGUCGAGCAUUUUAAAGCGAAUAUUUUUUUUUAUUAUUUUGAGAAAAAAAAACAUGGAGCAGUUUAUGUUUUAAAACUGGGUGAACUUUAUCGGUGAGUUUCACGUUUUCUCACCAACAUGGAUAUUCCUUUACUUUAGCUCUUAGCCACUGACUUUUAAUAUUUUGUUUGUGUAUUACAUUUUUGCUUAUUUUGGUCUAUAAUUUUCGCCCUGUUUAUUGUGUGUGGACUCGGCUGAAGACGUGCAACUAAGGGAGGCGGCAGACGCUGCCGUGCAGCCAGGCAAGCUGGCUGUCAUGCGGGAUUGAUCGCGGGAAGUAUGUUUGGGCUGGAACAGUUAGGUCCCCAGAUUAAUUGCAGAAACGCCGGCCACGCUGAAAAAAACUUAAGCCAGCCAAGAGUAACCAUGAGCUCUCAUUACAAGAGCCCAGGUUUCCACUCCGGAGGACCGCCAGGGACGGUUGAGCCUGGUAUGGGCCCCCUAAACGAGCCUCCUAUGCUUGCGCUCAAUAUGAACAUGAAUGGAGGAGAGCAGUACGGAGGCUUCCACCCUCGGGGCCACUCGGACAUGCAUGCGGGAGGACUUCAGCAGCAGCAACAGCAACAGCAGGCACCCAUGCAUGGUUUUUUUAACAACCAACAACCUCAUAAUCAUCCCCAUGGCCAUCAGGCUCAUCCCCACCAACAUCAUCCACACUUUGGGGGAAACUUUGCAGACCCCGGGCCUGGAUCCUCCUGCUUACACGGGGGUAGGAUAAUGGGCUAUGGGAGCAGUAUGGGGCCUCAGCAGGGAUUCACAGAGGGCUUUGACCCACUCUCUGAUGGCCAGUCGGGGGAUGGAUUCUCUCAGCAGCAGCCACAGCAGCAACAACAGAGGCCAGGCUCAAUGCCUGACUUUCAGCACCACGGACCCUCCAGUGGAAACCACCCAGUCCCUGCCCCUUGCCUGCCCCUCGACCAGUCACCAAACCGGGCUGCCUCCUUCCAUGGCCUUCCUUCCUCUUCCUCAUCAUCAUCAGAAAGUCAUAACCUGGAGUCCAGACGCAUACCCCCACAAGGCAGUGUUGAGGGUUUGGACUACAAUUUCCCCAAUGAGCCACCCUCUGGACAUUUUGACGUAUCUGUGUUUUCACCCUCUGAUCCAGAUUCUCAACUACCCCAUUUUGGGGGAGGGAGACAGGUGCCAGCGGCCAGUUUUCCUGGAAACCCAGGCCUGUCCCGGGCUUCAGGAAUGCAGGGCAUCUCUAAAGGACACCCCCAGGCCCCUCCUCAGCAGCAGCAGCCCCCAACCCAGCACAGUGUGUUCUUUGAUCGAUUCGGGGGUGGGCGCAAAAUACCAGUGGGGAUGGAGCCCGGUGCCAGGCAUCCUCUCAUGCAGCAGCAGCAGACAGGGUUGAUGGGCCGACAAAACUCCUGCCCACCUUCCCACCCACGGCCCCCACAGCCUGAGGCUGGCUCCACCAAUGCCAGCAUGCAGGAGGGCGGCGUCAUGAUGCCUGGCCAGCCUAACCAGUUUGAAUACCCAAUUCACAGACUAGAGAACAGAGGGAUGCAUCCCUAUGGGGACCCCAUGUUCAAUAUGCAACAGCAGCCUCCCCCUCCCCAGCAGCCUCCCAGUCAGAGGCUGCAGCACUUUGACUCUCCUUAUUUGAAUGUGGCCAAAAGGCCUAGGUUUGAUUUCCCUAAUGCCCAUGGAGGGGAGAGCUGUGGCUCUUGGAACAGCGGCAUGCACAACCCACCUGGCAUGGAGAACCACAUUUCUCCCUCAGCGUACCCGGGCCUGCCUGGAGAGUUCACUCCCCCUGUGUCUGAUGGUUUUCCACCAGGCCCACCACUACAACAUCCCGGGCCUGAGCAGCAGUCAUUGCAGCAGAGACAGAAUGCUGCCAUGAUGAUCAAGCAGAUGGCCUCUCGAAGUCAGCAGCAGAGAAUGAGACAGCCCAACUUGCAGCAGCUUGGUCACCACGGAGAUGUCCCUCAGGGUCCUAUGGUUCAUGGAGGCCCUGUGGGGGGCAUGCCUCAGCCUGGCUUUGAGAGAGAUGGUGGCGGGAGGAUGGUGAACUUUGAUGGGCAGAAUCCACACAUGGCUCCUGAUAGUGGCUGGUUUCCUGGGCCACACCCACCUGGGGAGAUGCUUGGGCGCCGCAUGGGUGGCCCAGGUGGUGAAGCAGGCACUCAUGAUAUGCAGCAAAACGGUGCCGCCAUGAUGUUUAGACAAGGUGUAAAUGGCUUAGGCAUGUCAGAUCCAAUGAGAAUACCUGGAGAGGGCCAUGUGCAGCCCUUACACUCACCCAGCAUACACCCUCAAUUUGGUAGCAGCAUGGGGAACCUAGCACAGAUGCAGUCACCUGGGGCAGGUGUAGGGCUACCCAACACGCCAUCAGAAAGGCGUCCAAAUGACUUUUCAGGGCCACCUAUGGGUGCUCAGCCCUCCUUUCCUUUUGGGGGUCCCAGUCGACAGGGGGCACCACACAAUAAUGCCCAGGGGGUGAGCACAUCUCCAGGGAGUUAUACCUCCCAGUCAGAGUUUCCAGCUGGCCAGCGCUCCUCAGUCAGCAAACUGGGGUCUCUCUCCUUGGGGAAUUUUAACAAAACAAGUAGCAAGGACAGUGUUUUCGGACAGAGCUGCCUGGCGGCUCUCUCUACUGCCUGCCAGAACAUGAUCGCCAGCCUGGGGGCCCCUAACCUCAAUGUGACAUUCAACAAGAAGAGCCAGGGAGAGGGAAAACGAAAGCUGAGUCAAACAGAGCAGGAUGUGAAUAACAGCACAGCCAAUGGAACUGGUAGUGCUGGGCCAGAAUUUUUCCCAGGCGGAGUCAACCCCCAAAGCACCCAGAUGCCUGGUGCUGGCAAUAGCAACACUAAGCCGACAGGUACAAACCAGACGGUGCAGGGGGAAGCCAGCGCCCUCUCCCCAAGUUACAACAUGGACGCUACCCCAUGCAGUGAGGGGAAAGCAGCAACAGGGAGUGGGAGAGGGAGAGGGAGGAGGAAGAGGGACAGCGGCCAUGUGAGCCCUGGGAUUUUCUUCCCCUCCGACAAUGGCAACCCUGUUGUGAGUCCUGGCCAGCAGGUCACACCAACAGCUGGCACUGGUGAGAGGGGUGGAGGAACGCCUCAUGAAAAACCCCUCACUUCGCCCUCCUGGGGGAAGGGGGGCGACCUAAUGUUGGGCGAUCAAGCUGACCUGAUGUCAUCCCUGGACAGCGGCAUCCAGAGUGUAUCCAAGUCUGCCGACUGCUCACCUCGUGUUGACUUCCCAGAUGACAUAGGUCCCCACUUCGGCAAUGAGGAUGAGGUUUCAUCCAGUUCUGAUGCGCCGACCUCAGCAAAGGCCGGCCGCAGCCCUCUGUUGGGUGGCUCACCUAAGUUGCAGAGGGUGGACAAUGGCUUGAUGGCUGGGCAGAAGGGGCAAGGCAUCGGCCUUGCCAACCACACUACCUCAACGUCAGAGGGCUACGGAGCAGUAGGCCACCCAGGUACGCCGGGCAUGGAGCAGGUCCGCACGCCCUCCAGCACCUCUGGCCAGGAUGAGAUCCACCCACUGGAGAUAUUGCAGGCACAGAUCCAGCUUCAGCGGCAGCAGUUCAGCAUCUCAGAGGACCAGCCUUUAGCCAUAAAAAAUGGCAAGAAAGGCAGUGACUGCAAUGGACAGAGUGGAGAUGGAGAGCUUGCCAGCUGCAGCCCGGAUGCUGGAAAAGGCUCUGUGGGCACUAUUGACCUGGACACACUCAUGGCAGAGCAGCAUGCCACCUGGUAUGUGCCCAGCGACAAGAGCCUGCUUGAAAAUUCAGAAGAGGAAAAGACACUUACUGCAUGGGAAAAGACUAAGGGACAAGGCCCCAUUAAAGAAGAUGUGGAUCUCUCUCAGAAUAAAAGUGGAGGAGGGGGUGGAGGGGGGACUCCGGGGCCUGGGGGUGCAGGUCCUCACCUGCAGUGUCUGUCCGUCCACUGCACAGACGAACUGGGAGACCCUAAGGGUCGCAGUGGGCCUGUCCCAUCCUGGCGCUCCCUGCACUCAGACAUCUCCAACCGCUUCGGGACCUUCGUAGCAGCGCUGACUUGAAUGUUGGAAAUGCAAGGAUGAAGAUGGGUUGGACUUUGGACCUUUGUGUUCUAGCCUAUGUGCGGAGAAAGGAAGGACGGAUUUGGAUUGUGAUCACAUGCUGAGAUGAACUUGUUAUGCACAUGGACAUACAUAUUCAUGGACACACAUACACACGUGUAUACACACACACACACACACACACACACACACACACACACACACAUUCACACAUUCAGACAUGUACCCUAUUGGUGGACAUGACAGCGUGGCUGAGUUGAGUUCACCACAGGAAAACCUCAGACUUCUUUUCUCCUUGUUUUUUUUUUUUUGGUCAGGAACUUUUAUUUCUGGUUUUCUUUGAAUUUGUAGAAAACAAAUAAAUAUGGAAAUAUACGAACUGUUUGUGUGGGAAGUGGUAAAGGAGGACAGAAGGAGAAAUAAACAAUGUGCCCAGCUGUGUUGGUAUACCAGUAUUAAUUAGCUUAUCUUCAUCCCUUAGUAGUCGUUCCUCUAGCUCUUUCACAGUUGUUAAUCUGAAUAUGAUCUGGGGUUUUUCCCUGGUUUGCCAGAAAAAACAAAAAAACAAAACAUGGUGCGCCUCCCCACCCAAAGGGCAGGUAAUCCCAUUGUCGACAAGAGGCACAAGAGCUUCUUUGAAAUUUGGCCUCUUUGAGCCACUGUAGUCUUGCAGACCCUGGAGACCAGAAGGCUGCCCCGUGGGUUAUUGGGAAAAGAAAAAAAAUGGAAAGAAAUGGGGAAAGUCCAUUGAGGUGGGAAGGAUCACAAUGAUGUUCUAUCAUCUACCAACCACACCCCCCCCACACACACACUCCUGAACACACACAGCCCACCCCAACCCACAAAGACUGUCCAUUUAAGCCCCCUCUUCUUCCUGUUUUUUUCAGGGUUUUCUUCUGUUUCAGUGCUUUCAGUGUUAUUUUAGUAAAUUUCUGUUUUCUUAAUACUUGUCAGUCUAGUUUAUCAUUUCCUUUGAGAUCGUUUUUUUUUUUUUUCAUCCUAAGAGCUUGUUAACAUGCUUCAAUACUGGUGUACUGGACAAAGUGGGAUUAUACAGUAACAUCUUGUGAUGGAAAAUGGUAAGCAAAACAAAUGAACAAAAAAGUAUUGGUAUUGCACAUGUAAAAUAGGAGAAACUUUUGCUGUGUGUUAGGCAAUCUUGUAAUCUUUAAACAAAAUGCUUCAGUUGACUUUGAAUCUCUGAGAAACAGUAGAUGGAGGGCAGCAAAUUUGCAGAGGUCAUUUCUUAGUUUUUGUUGUUUGUUUUCUUUUUUAAAAAUAAUAUGUAAAGUGCAGUUGUCUGUUUUCCUGCAUAUUGUAUAUAUAUGUAUAUGUUUUAUUGAGUAACUAAAUAACAAUAAAUAUGACGUUAAUGGUGAAA